AUCUUCCCCAAUUAUCUACUUGUUACGACUUUACGACACCAUGGAACGCGCGACGUCUAUCUUCGCUGCACUCGAUGCUGGCAAGAUCCCUAGCCAGAAACAGGUUGAUUCCUGGAUUGACUGGCUCAUACACAGUGGCCUCGUGCAAGUCGAACCUUCUGGGAGCGGAGGAGAGCUCUCCGUCCAAGGAAAAAUCCUGAUUAACGAUAUAAGAGAGGUCCUCGAAGCGUAUCGUGAGCUGGGCAACGAAGUCAAUGGUGAUGAUGUGAUCCAAGACGCGCUAUACCAUCUGGGCUCGGGCGACCUCAAGAAUACUGGCAUUGACACCGAUUCUAUGGAUGUCGAUCUAGAUGAAGCUACGCGCGAUAUCAAUGCACUUCGCGCGUCGUUGCGCACGCUCAUCUCCCACCUAUAUGCACACAUUUCGGUAGAAGGACAGGGUCUGUUCUAUGACUUCGCCAGCUUUACCCGCUUAACGUUGGCGGAUGGUGCGGAGCUGAUCGAGCGAGCUGCUGCCUCCACCAAGCAAACUUUACGCGAAAUUGACUCCGAGGUGCAAAGUGGCGAGCGGAACCCUGGGACCGGCACAAAGCGUCCCGCCGACGGUGAUCCCGAGGACGCGGAUGCGCGAGUGAAGUUCGAAAAGACGAUGGAUCAAGUCAAGGUCGCGGGCUCGAAUGUCAUCGGCGCAGGCCAGAAGGUACAAAGUGGCGCACAAGAUAUAUCCGAACGCAGCAGCUCUAGGCUCAACGAUGCGUACUAUAAGAUGUGCGAUCGUGCCCAGUCCGACAAAGACUAUCAGCAGGCCGUCAGUACGAUCUUCGACCUCUUUCAGAAAUGGCUGGACAAGGCUCUCGAAACCGCUGCGGAUGUCAAUGCUGAUACAUCGCUCGAGACAUUCAUUGAUGACCCGACACCCGAGCAACACGUACCCAAAGCGAUCCGAUCGCUUCGUACGCUCAUCGAGCGUCUCGCCGGUGAUAAGCCUCUCGACGACUUGCUCGCUGCGCUCCGCACCUGUGCGGCGGACAUACGCACAGAUAGCGAUACCCGCAAGUGGUUCGACAACUUCUUCAACUACAUGCGCAAGAGCUUGAAGGAGCCCGGUUUUGUCCGGAGUGAGGAGAGCUCGCAGCAAUACGAUGACCUUCGCGAACGCUGGCAAGCGUUGCUCGAUGCCGACUCUGACUACGGCCGCAAGUGGAAAAAGGAUGUUGACGGCUUCAAGGGUGAAAUCGACUCCUUCGAGCAAGGGAUUCGUUCCAAUAAGAAGCUCGACCGCGUACGCAAGGCGCACGUGAAGCUGCAGAAGGAUAUCGAGGAGGAUAUGUGGAUCGCGCAGACCGCCGCGAGCGGCGUACAGAAAUCAGCCCAAGUGGCUGCCUCCGGGCUUGGCUCGGCUCUCAGUCAGAGCACGUGGAUCCUCCAGGACAUGUUUAAUGCCUACCUGCCUCGGUUACUCGGCUUGCUCAAGGACGUGCCGAUCCCGAGAACGGAGUACAAGGACAAAGACACUGACUUCGUGCUCGAGGACCUUGACAUUUCAACGUUGUCCCUCCUCCCUGGUCAUGUCUACAUUCGCAACAUCACCGACGUCGAUAUCUCUGCCUCUGCGGCUGGGCAAGCCCAGACUGCCAUGGGCGCCUACACCCACAUCCAUGCUACAGGUGUUCAGCUUCAACUGAAGGAAGUGUCGUUCUACUACUUGGAUAAGUCUGCCACCGUCGGGCCUUCGGAGUUCACGGGCAUCAUGGAGGUUACCUUACCGCCGAAGGGUAUCGACAUCGAUCUUCGUGUGCGUAUGCUGCCCAACACAGCUUCCGGUUUGAAAGAACGCGAGAAGCGUGGAGGUUUCCACAAGAUCGAGGAUGUCAAGGUGGAAGUCACGGACGAGGUGGACAUCAACAUCAAAUCGUCGAACCACUCCGUCCUUGUCACCGUCUUCAAACCCCUCCUUGUCUCUCGUUUCCGCAGUACUCUCGCCACCACCCUUGCGGAGCAGAUCAAGGCUUCGCUCGAGUUCGCCGACCGUCUCGCUUGGGAUGUCGGCUGUCGCGCCGAAGUCUUCGGCGACACCGGCCUGCCGAGAAGCGCUUCCAUCCUUGCAGCGAUUUGGAGCGAGAUCGGGCACUAUUCUAAAGGUCAGGGUGGUGCGACCAGUGGUUGGCGCGCCACGGGAACCGGCUUCAUCAAAGGCGAGAAGGGCGAUGACUUCCAGAUCGCCAUGGGUGUCGAACCUCAGAUCUUGCCCGGCGAGAAGCGGGGCCCGAAGGGCACGUUCUCGGAGCCUGCUGCUGAGAAGGUGAAGAGGGCCGCGGCAAAGGUUGGCGAGGAACUUGACAUCGAUGUGCAGGACGUUCAGAGCUCGGCGCAGGAGGGCGCGCAGAAGGGAGCUGAGACCGCAAAGAAGGCGGGUCAGGUUGCUGCAGACACGUUGAACGAGGGUGCGCGUAAGGUGAGGACCUUCCGAGAGUCUGUCGAGGCGAAGGUGGAGCAGGAAAAGUCGAGCGAGGGAUGGAGGAGCAGCGCGUUCGACUUGUGA